AGUUUUAAAAAUAAGUGCAAAAAUAAGUCAUGACUAAGCAAAGAACAGAAGUCAGCUGUGUCACUGUCCCACAGGCAUACCGGUGGAUGAUUGACUCCCGUGAUGAAUUCACUGAGGAGCGUCUGUCCAAACUUCAGGACCCCUUCUCGCUCUACCGCUGCCACACUAUCAUGAACUGCACUAAGACGUGUCCCAAGGGACUCAACCCAGGAAAGGCCAUUGCGGAGAUUAAGAAAAUGAUGGCGACCUACAAAGAGAAGAAAGCAGCAGCGUCGUGAACACACAAAAAUCCAGCGGUUUCAAGAUCAACUAAAAUACUUUGAACUAAGUUAAGCGAAAGAGAUGAACCAAGGGGGAACUUUUCCUUCAUCAGCAUCUUUUUUUUUAAUUUCAGUGAGUGUGUGAAAUGUGAGUGUGUGAGUGGGAUUUUUAUUUUGAGGAAGAGGAAGACAGGAAAUGGUGAGAUUGAGUGCUAGAAAAAACUGUUUAACAAACACAUUUUGUGUGAUACCACAAGUUGGACCACAUCUAUGCUAUACGUGUGCACAGUGUAAAGGCUCUAUAGUAUUUACUAAUUGUGAAGAGCUCUUGAAAAUGUACUCAAGACUGUAAAUAUUUAAAUAUGUGUUCAUUAAAGAUGUGCUGGGCUCAUUGAAGAUAUUAAACAUA